CAGAGCCACUUCUCUUUUCCUUUGCUGGAUUCAGCCCCCUGCACCUCCUCUUAUAAACAAUGUGUAGAUGUAUGAAAGUAUCGGGGAGCAGGAGACAUCCAAUUAAAAGCACAAUGCAUUAUUAUUAUUAUUAUUAUUAUUAUUAUUUCACAGCUCCCCCUCUCUGCUGUCUCCCAAAGCCGUUCAGAUUAUAUAACAGCUCAGUGUCAACGGAGCCAGCCUGUGGAGGACAAGUUGAGGGGGUCUUCACCGAUGAUGCAGCUCAGCGACUCUGGACUUUCCCCAGCAGCUUGCGUACUACCCCUCACUCCUCCUCCUCCUCUUUCCUCCCUUUGCCAUAUCCACCCACCCAUCCACCCACCAGCCCACCUUCUCCCUCCCUUUCUUACACACACAUACACUCAAUCACGAAUGCACAGGGAUUGCAGCAGCAGCAGCACCGCGAGAUGGAGAUCUCCGCUGUGUGUGUGAGAGCCUGUUCCCGCUGUCACUGCACCGGCUGCUUCUCUCUUGGUCCUCCCGCAGCCUGCGAGAGCUGCUCCAGGGGUCGGACGGUACCCUGGCACCCACUGAAUACAUGGAUGAACACUGGCUCCACAGGGGAUCUGCGCUUUCUUGUCCUUUGCACCUCUGAUUUGUUUCUCAAGGAAAUAUGGUGAGCAAAGAGGACACCAAAUGCGUUGUUCUCUCAAAUUCAGAUGAAUCAGAUUCAGAGACAGGUCCAUCACACAGUCUUGAGACGCAGUCUGGACCAGAAUCCGGAAAACAGCAAGUGAAGAAAAGAAACAAGGCCUUACAAGUGCGUUUUAAGGAUAUCUGUGAAGCUCAGAAUGAGCAUCGAGGAAGACGCUCCAGAUCCAUUUCCUGUAAAGUGACACACAGAAAAUACAUGACCAUGCCUGCCAGACGCUCUAUUCCAAAUGUGACCAAGAGUACUGGUGUCCAGACCUCACCAGACCUCACUAAGAGAUAUAAAACUUUCCCUUUUGAGAGGAAAAAAGGACAUACAUUUAAACAUACUGCUUUGGUGGAAGAUUACAGGGGACAAAACAAUGGGUUUUUGAGUGAUAUAAAGGCAGGGGGAGAGGACGGACAACCUAUCGGGGAGUCCUCAAAGUACAAGGGUAAAAUUGUGGGGCAGACAAAAGCAUUGCUUCACCACACUGAUGACAGCAGUGAUACAGAGGAUUUGCUAUCCAGUGCCAACUGUUUGGAUGGACCCUCGUGCCCAGACUCCUCACAUUUCUCGGAAGAGUGCCACCCAAGCAGCCCCCCUUCCAAAAGUGAACAACAGUACCAGGUUUGUGGGACAAGGACCAAACACAAAGGAUUACCCAAGGAAGACAUGGAUGCUGGCACUUCCUCAAAGCGCCAGCUGGCUAACUCAGAGUUUUCACGGGACAAGUCAAAGGGCACGGGCCCAGUGGCGUGGAACUCUUUGACACAGGUGGAGUCUUUGGGAAGCCCCUCUGUGAGCUGUAAACGGAAAAAGGGCACGCAGCUAAACGAACAGCAGUCACAUACACUUCCCCAUAGUGCCAAAUGUUCUGUACAGUCACAAGGGCAGUGUCGGACAAGGCAUGUAUCAGCCUCCUCUAAACUCCAGCAAACAGUUGGGGGGGACGAGGGCUUUCCUCCAAGAGACACAGGAGCCCCAGGCAUGAGGAGCAGCCAGCAGAUAAUGCCCUUAUCUGGAGACAAGGAUAUCAAAGCACAGCUGCAGGCCAUGGAGAGCCUCAUCUGCUCGAGUCAGGAAACCAUCAAGGUUCUACUGGGAGUUAUUCAGGAGCUGGAGAAAGGUGAAGCACAGAGAGAGGGGCUCUCCUACCGAACAGGACAAGACACAGCAAAUUGUGACACUUGUCGAAACAGCGCGUGCAUCAUUUACAGUGUCGAGCUAGACUUCAAGCUGCAGGAGGACAAGCUACUGCCCCUGAUGAAGAGACUUUGCCCCCUGGACAGCCAACAAUGCCCUGCUCUGCCUUACUCCAACGAAGUGUUCACAUCCACCCCAAAACGCAAAUCCAAGACAGAGUCCAAAAAGCAUGCUCGUUGGAAACUCUGGUUCCUUUGAAUAAAACAUGAAGGCUUUGGAAACUGCCUUUUUAUUGGGCACAUUAAUACCCCCGUUCUUCUCAAAAUGGAUGAAGGAAUAUUCAGAGGGAGUAAUCAUCCCAUGGCAAUGGAUAACGACAGAAACAAGUUCAUUUGAGUUGAGACUGCACGUCAAGUCAGCUGGGGGACAGCAGAGACAAAAAACAUUUUAAAUUCUGUCAAACCUUUUCCUGGCAUGUGUGCUGGAGAGGUCGACACGCACCUGCAAAAACUAGCAGAAAACAAUUACAGAACACCUGUCUACCAACCCACACAAACAGUGCACUGAAUUUGCAAGAGUAGAAGGGCUAUACACAGUGCUAAAGGAGUAUGGUAGCAAUCUUACAGCAGAGAAGACUUGGAGCCACCAGCUUUGGUUAAGUACAAAAAAAAAUAAAACAAACAAAACACUAAUGAUGUAGCAAUGACACUGAACUUGCAUGCUGUUACAAAGCAAGUAUUUAUUGAAUUCUUAAAGUCAUUUUGUAACAGCAGCUCUCAUUUUAUGUAGAUUAUGGUACUGUUAUAUGUCAGGAAGACACAUACUGGCUUCUCAUUGUUGGAUUACGCCGUAGAUUACAUUAUUCAGGUCACCAAUUUCCAUGCAAAGAUCUGUACCUUGAGGAAGUGCAAUUUAGUGAUUAUGUGCAAUAUUAUGCAUUUUUCUACUGUUUCUACAUCACAAUUAAAACAUUUUCA